CCCGCGGCGCGCGUGUGUGUGUGUGUGAUGAUAUUGUAUAUCUCACUAGAAACUCUUAAUCAUUAUUUGAAUUUCUCUUUCAUAUUUGCAUAGUGUGUGUGGGACGGAGUCGACCGCCGGCGUUUGCGCUCUGUGCCUCCUCCUAUUAGUCCGAUCCCCGCCACUUGACCGGUUGGCUGGAACUUUAUGAACAUUCGGCGCAGACUGUCUGAUGAUCUACCCACUGCAGUGGGCCGGCUGGAGACUACGCGUCGAAGGGGGAGAGCGCAAAGCGCCCCACUAACCCCCCUCUCCGCUGACAUCCCUAGACCUCCCCGAAGGGAGGCUUUCCAGAAUAUCCCAAGGCAUCCGCACCCUCUGCCACCGUGAGGUAAAUUGGAAAAUCCAAGGGUCUAACCGUUACGCUAGGUUCACAAG